AUGAGCGACUAUAAUGAUUUCCUUACGGCUAGUGACUCAGAAAGUGAUAGCGAUGUGAAGUAUAUAAGGCCUGUCUACCUGCGGAAAGUUCCGGCAAUCAGGACAAAAAGAAAACCAGAUGAUGGACACGAGAGUUCGGUAGCCGAGAAGACAGAGAUUUCGAGUUCAAAAAUGAAGGAGGGGACCCAAGGACCUUCUGAUUAUGGCUCAAUAUGUGAUACACAGUCCCAUUAUCUACUAUCCGCGAUUAUGAACGAUACUGACUACGGUGGUGCUAGUUUACUCACGGAAAAACCAUCGUUGAAGAGUGAAGACACACAUAACGGCGAGCAGCUAAUGGUUCCCACGGUGCCACAUUUUGAUAAUCAAAACAUCAAAAAUGCGGGACACCAUGUGUUUGGGCAUAAACGUGAAGCCACGUAUGAAUAUGGAGCUUCGAUCGAAGGAUAUCGGUUUGUUGGAAGUAGAGAGGAGGCCGACAACUUUCAAGAAGCUAGAAGGCGGACAUCGCACGAAGCACAGGCUCCUGUCGGGGACGCAGUAGUCAACCCGUUAAUUUUUGAGGGAGAUGGGCGGCGACACCAGCAAAGGCAAGGGUACUUGAUGAGAUACUUGUCAAGCGGUGCUGAUGAUAUGAGAGUUCCGAUGGCAAACGCUCCUUUGAUAGACGAAGUUUCUGCCGAUUCUCUCUGUUCAGGAGAUAUCGAGUCUUUCCUCGACAAAUGUGCAUCUUUGCUGCAAAUAUCCAUGCGUGAGUUUUUGAAACAACAACGCGUUGCCUGGCAUCCAGACAAAGUGUUUAGAAGAAAUGUCACGUCCAAUGCCGGAAAUUUAGCGGUAGUUACCAAAGUAUUCCAAAUCGUUAACAGCCUAUGGGAAGCAAAACAGCAUUGUGAUUAA